UAUAAACACAGCCAGACUAAGCUCCGCCUCACGUCGAUGACUCGGCCAGGUCACCAAUAUGAGCGUAGAGUGUCGAGUGUGAGACAUAAGUGAAAGAAGAAAACCCUCCCGGAGCCAGGAUGUUGCUUUUGGCUACAAAAGGUCUCACUGGAGCCGGACGGGUCAUAACGGGGACCCGGCAGGGAUUAAUGGCAGGUGGCAUGUGCCAGUUUUCUUCUUUGAGACAAUGUACCGUUGUCCAUAUGAACAGAAACACUGGCCAGUUCUUUCAUGUAAUCAACCAUUACAGAUGCUUUAGUGCUAAGGCUGCCCUUCAGAAUGCUUCAUCACCCAAAGCCAAUCAGAAAACCCCUUCCUAUAGUUAUAUCAUUGUUGGGGCCGGCUCAGCAGGAUGUGUUCUUGCCAACCGUCUCAGUGAGGAUACCCAUGAGUCGGUCCUGUUGCUGGAGGCUGGGCCCAAAGACAUGUUUCUUGGCAGCUUACGACUUUCAUGGAAGAUCCACAUGCCAGCUGCUUUGACCUACAACCUCUGUGAUGACAAGUAUAACUGGUACUACCAUACUUUACCUCAGGCCCAGAUGAACAACCGGGUGAUGUACUGGCCAAGGGGCCGUGUGUGGGGUGGCUCCUCUUCACUCAAUGCCAUGGUGUACAUCCGUGGACACGCUGAAGACUACAACCGCUGGCAGAAAGAGGGGGCCGAGGGCUGGGACUACGAACACUGUCUUCCUUACUUCAGGAAGGCACAAAGCCAUGAGCUAGGAGGAAACAGGUACAGAGGAGGCGAUGGACCUCUGUAUGUGUCAAGAGGGAAGACCAACCAUCCCCUUCACAAGGCUUUUAUUGAGGCAGGGCAGCAGGCAGGAUACCCGUUUACUGAUGACAUGAAUGGGCACCAACAGGAGGGUCUGGGCUGGAUGGACAUGACCAUUUACAAAGGAAAGAGGUGGAGCACAGCCAGUGCGUACCUGAGACCCACCUUGGGUCGACCAAACCUGAAGACCGAGGUUGGGUGCCUCACCACCAAGAUCCUGUUUGAAGGCAAUGUCGCUGUGGGUGUAGAAUACACACAGAAUGGACAGACGAAAAAGGUGUAUGCAGAUAAAGAGGUGAUACUAAGCGGGGGAGCCAUAAAUUCACCUCAGCUUCUCAUGCUGUCUGGGGUAGGAAACGCAGAUGACCUGAAACGUCUGGACAUUCCUGUGGUUCAGCACCUACCAGGUGUUGGUAGUAACCUGCAGGAUCAUUUGGAGCUGUACAUCCAGCAGCAGUGCACUCAGCCCAUCACCCUGUACAAGGCCCAGAAACUUUUCCACAUGGUCAAGAUAGGCCUGGAAUGGCUCUCCCUCUUCACUGGGUAUGGAGCAACAGCCCACCUGGAGAGUGGAGGUUUCAUCCGCAGCCGACCACACGUCACACACCCUGAUAUCCAGUUUCACUUCCUUCCCUCACAAGUCAUCGACCAUGGACGAGUUGCCUCCAAGAUAGAGGCUUAUCAGGUUCAUGUAGGACCAAUGAGAAGCACUAGUAUCGGUUGGAUGAAGCUGAAGAGCCCAAAUCCCCUGGAUCACCCGAUUCUACAGCCAAACUAUCUCUCAACUGAUAUCGACGUGUGGGAAUUCAGAGAGUCUGUCAAACUUUCGAGAGAGAUUUUUGCCCAGAAGGCCUUUGACAAGUUCCGGGGUCCGGAAGUCCAGCCUGGGCCUCAUGUUCAAUCCGACGCCGACAUUGAUGCUUUUGUCCGCCAAAAAGCUGACAGUGCCUACCACCCGUCCUGCACCUGCAAGAUGGGGUCACCAUCUGACCCAAUGGCAGUGGUCGACCCAAGCACCCGUGUUUUGGGUCUGGAGCGACUGCGAGUGGUGGACGCCUCUAUCAUGCCCAGUGUAGUCAGCGGAAACCUCAAUGCUCCAACCAUCAUGAUAGCAGAGAAGGCCGCUGACAUUAUCAGAGGUCACCCUCCUCUUGUUGACCCAGGAGUUCCAGUGUACCAACCACCAACACUUGACAAGCAGAGAUGAAGAAAGAGAACAAGAAGCUGAUGGAGGGGUCAUAACACCCACCCCAACAACCCCAAGACUACAUGAAACGGUUUCAUGUAGUCAAUAAAGCCAUUCAAAACUGACAAUCUCUAGCUUCAAAGCAACAUGGUUUAAAACAUUUCCACCAAAAAGUUUUACAAGUUAUAUAACACAACAUGAAUGUUUUACAUGGGUCAUUGGUUGCACUCGGGUUAUUUUGAAAGACAGAGAACUUUUGUUCUGUCUUUCAAAACAAAACUUUUGUUUGAACAGUACAGCUGCAUUUCAGUCAACAGCUAAAGGUUUUUGUUAUCUUUAUGGCUCAUAUCCUACCAAUGAUCAGCCUGCAGACUGUUUACCCAAAUCGUCUGAGCAGCAGUUUGUUAUGUCUGUUCAGAUAGCUUUUCAUCAGAUUAACAUACUUCCUUCCUGAAAACUUGCAGAUUCAACUGUUUCUGAGAACACUGUUUUUGUUGGUUUCUUGCAUGUAGUUUAGAUCAGAAAGAAGGUUUACAGAAGUUAACUCUGCUUCUUUGCUUGUCUUUGUUUUCAUUGUCUUCAAACAAAAUUUGAUGAGCCCAAGAAACUGAUAGCCUCCAAACGGAAUGGCCUACAUUUUCCUGACUAUGCCACUCUGAACUAUUAACAUUACAAGACUACCCAGUCUGUUGCUCAUUCUUCUGCUUUUGCCAAAGUAGUGAAAAACUGAUGAUAUUUAGCUGACUGACACAAAUAGUACAGUUGUCCCACUCUCACCAACACCAUACAGGCUGCAUUCCUCACAAAUAAUGGUGCUAAACUGGUGCUUUUGUUGCGAAACAUUUUUUGUGGUAUUGUUGGAAAUACAACUGGUGGAUUGAAAACAAUCCAGCCCUUUCUUCUUAUGGGCUGACCUUUGUUUUUCAGCUCUGCUUGUAUGACUGUCACUCACAGUUCAUCUCAAAUGUUCUUUUUCUGGCUAAGCAGCCACACACAGCUCGAUAAGUGAAUAGACUGUUGAUCAGAACAGUAAUAACUAGGAGGUAAGGAAGGGUUUAUCAAACUCAGUAAGAUUUGCAUUUUGGCAAUGCCUUUAACGUCAGAUAUUAUAAUCCAGUCACAGUCUGACUUGAAGCAAAUAAUGGAACAAUCUUGUAAAUACGCUGCAUCAUUGCAUAUGGAUUGUAAAAGAUUUGAACAGCUCUUCUGUGUGAGGUUCAUCAGGUUUCAUCGGGUGAUCCACUAUGUAAUUUUCCUGUUGCUCUGGAAUCCUCAAAUAUUCCAGCGCAUAGCUUUUAUUUCCCCCCCCUUGGUACAGAAAAUCUAGUUGAAGAUUUAGUUUUGCCUCGUGAUAAGCUCUUUAGAUAAAAUACUCAAAUACAUUUUACACUAAAAACUGAACAAAUCUUCAUUGGUCAGUCUUGAGUUGACACAUUAUUUCCUUUGGGUACUGUGGAUGUAUGGUGAAUUGAAGAUUUAUAUAAAUAAAUAAUACUGAAAUAUAACUUGCUAGAAGGAAGGCUUAAUGUCUGACAAGUAUUGCACUACUCUGAAGUAUCUUAAUUGCUUUGACAAUUACUGUUUACAUGAUAUGAAGUUUUAUACAACACAACAUCUCAAACCGUUUGUGUACUAAUGAAGGAGUUACACAUUGAUCGUAAAGGGAACAUUGUUUUAAAAUUUAGCCUUUGUUUGCUCUUCUUCACCGUUGUUAAAGAAAAAGGAAAACCAAUCCUGACCUUGUCCUCAGACUUGAUUUAGUGUUCCUUACCCAUGUUUUCUGCAGGUCCAAUAUCAUUCAAGCAAAGAGAUGAACAUUUCAGAUUUUCAUUUGAACUUCUCCAAAAUCUGUAUGAAAGUUGUGCCUUAAUGUAAAACUAUUUGUUGAUAUGUUCAAACAAAUGGGUUGAAAUCAUACAUUUCCAAGCUCAGUCAGUUGUAAUUAAUUUAAUACCAUGCCUUAUAUUAACACUGUGCAGAUUUUAUUUAGUAUUGGCUAAUCGACUGCCCUAUACUAGUGAAAAAGUUCAGUGAAUAAAGCCGUCCGUUGCACAACAAA